AUGCUUAACGAACUAUCCAAAAAGUACUCUAACUUAACAACAUGGGCUGUGGAGACGUACAAAUCAUUCUGCCUUGUGUGCCAACGUAAGGCCAAGAAACAAGUUGCAACUGGUGUGGUUGUGAAACCCAUUGAUCAUCUCAACAAGUUCUGUGUGCGCCGUGCUAUUUCUUCUAAGAGAGCAGUAGAAGUUGCUUAUCACCUGAUAGACAUAUUAUUGCUGCUCGGAGCACUGGUCAUAUUUCAAUCUGACAAUGGCAGUGAGUUCACCGCUCACGUCAUCACUGAACUGAAGAUUUGCGGCUAUCCCUCAAGAUUUGUACAUAUAGGCCGUGCCAUGCACUCACAGAGCCAGGAAUCAGUGGAGAGCUAG